GAUCUCAUUCAACAUCUGGAUCUUCAACAAACACAGCAAGUGUUGGAGCAGUGUUUGGCACGUGAUCCAAGUAUGAUUUUUGAUGUCCUCUGUUAUUUUAGACCUGCUUCUCCUUCAACCAUCCCUCCUGUACCUGGACAACCUUCAUGGUGCAUCUGCCAUAGAUGCAGAGAAAUGCCAACUGUGGUAGAGAGGAAGUGCUGCACCCAACAGCCACAUCUGUGCAUUUCUACUCUACCACACAUGGAAGCAUACAUUCUGCAUGCAGGAGUCCUGCGUCUGGCCAGGAGGAUCUGGAACGACCUGCGUGCUGUAGUGGACCUUGCAGAUGAUGGAGAAGACAACAGGCAAUUCCGACAUGCAGCAUACAGACAGUUUGUGGCUUGGCAGUGUGGCACUCUGGGUCCUGGUCACAGGGUGGUCAUCCCAAGCUGCUGUGUGUGGGUAAUCCGGGACCGCUAUCCAGAUCCUCAAGGACAAUACAGGGGAUUUAUUCCCAGGAGGGUGUAGUUAUACUGUGGUGUCCUCUUUACUUGAAAACAAUUUAUUUAAAAAUAUUUGUUUUUUGCAAUUACUUUUAAUAAAAUGCUUAAAAUUG